GGAGGUGUGGAUAGGAGUUGGUGUCCAACGUUUGCUGUGCCAGGUUCCUUUGCCUUGCCUUGGCCUAGAAAUAAAGAUGGCGCCUCGCCGUUCUUGCUUCUUCCUAUGCCGUGUAUAAAUCCAGAGACAGGAAUGUUAUGUUUUAGAAGUAAUUUGUGUGUCUUAUCAUUUCUUAGCAGCCAGGGUGGCUUUAUUGGUGGUGGCCCCUUGAUCCCCGUAAGCAAUCCAUUAUUAACACUGAAUUGUCACCCCCAAGCAAGAAACAGAAGAGGAAGUGCUCUCUGGUUCCCUUUAGUGGCCAGUUCUGAUACUGCACCUUAGUAAUAUUUAUAAUUUUUUUAUUACUAUAACACCCCUCGGUGUCCACCAAGGAUGGGCAGGAUGGGCAGGAGAGCUUUAUGAAACCCCAGGCUCCCUUCCUAAAAGCUGUAGCUAAGGGAGCCCCUGCAAAAAAUAAGGAAAACUCUCUCACUCCAACACACUCAGUGGCUCUUGCAGCGACGAGCAGAAAAGUCACAUUUUUUCCUUGACCGGGAACGCAGUCCUUUCCCUUGCCCAGGAGGCCUCAGUUUCCUGUUCGGAAAACAUUUUGGGUGCGAGAUGCUUUCCCAGUUUUGUUUCUUUCCCCUUUCGCAACCCUAAAAUCUGAUGACCCUUGAUGGGGAUUUUCUCUCUUCUCGCUCCCCCACCUCACCCUGGGCAGGAAGAAGAGAUACCAGAAUUAGAAAUAGAUGUUGACGAGCUUCUGGACAUGGAAAGCGACGAGUCCCGGAGUGCCAGAGUGAAGGAACUCCUGGUUGACUGUUACAAACCCACAGAGGUUUUUGUAGCCGAUUUGCUAGACAAGAUCCGCGGCAUGCAGAAGUUAAGUACCCCCCAGAAGAAGUGAUCUGACGACCGGUCGCUCUCCCAUCCACACGGCCUACCCUUUGUCACCGAAGCUCUGGAUCCGCAGGGCUUAAGGAGAGAGAGAAGGGGUGUGUGUGUGUUUCUCUCGCAAGGGUCUGGCGGGAGGGAGAAUCCGCUACUCCCACCCACCCCUCCAGAGCAGGAAGACACUCCGUUUUGGGAUGCUUUGAUAAUCAAACCUGUCUGGACAACCUUUUUCAGCAAUAUCAACCCCGUUCCUCCUGGUCGGUCCCCAGUUAGACAUACGGGGAGGUGGGCUGGGGAGGAAAAUUCGUUGUUCUUCAGGGGGAAGAUGGGAGGGACAAUGUAAGGGCUUGUCCUCUUUUUUUUUUUUGGUUCCUUUUUCUUUUUAGAAUGUUUGGGGUUUGGGGUUUUUUUUAAUUAUUGUGUUUUUAUAUAAAUUUAAUAAAGAUGCUUUGAGAACAAGGGUCUGAUUUUUUUUGGAUCGGGAACAAAAAAACCACAGCGGGCAGAGAAUUCCAGCUUGUGGAGGGCAAGGAGGUUAAGAAUCUGCUUGUCUAAAGCAGUAAUGGGGAAAGGGUAGCCCUCCUGGGAUGGCUGGACUACAACUCCCAUCUGCCUUAAGCAGGUUUGUUGUAGUGGUAGGAGACGGGUGGCUUUUCAGAGGUUGGACCACAAUUUCCCACCUGUCCUGGCCAACACUAUGAUGGGGAUGUUGGGAAAGGAAGC